GUUCAGUUUCUCCUCCUCCUCCUCUCUUUUCCCAGGACUAUCCUACUGAGCGUAAUCUCCUUGCUUAAUGAGCCCAACACAUUCUCUCCGGCAAACGUGGACGCCUCCGUUAUGUUCAGGAAAUGGAGAGACAGCAAAGGGAAAGACAAAGAAUAUGCGGAAAUCAUCCGGAAACAAGUGCAGGCCACCAAGGCAGAGGCGGAGAAGGACGGUGUGAAGGUGCCCACCACGCUGGCCGAGUACUGCAUCAAAACUAAAGUGCCUUCCAACGACAACAGCUCCGACUUGCUUUACGACGACCUGUACGACGACGACAUCGAUGACGAAGACGAGGAGGAGGAGGAAGAGGAAGACGCCGAUUGUUACGACGACGAUGAUUCUGGCAACGAGGAGUCGUGACCUGUCCCCUUCUGGCCCUCCUUCCCUCCCUUCCACCUGUCCAGCCUCCCAAUCAUACUGCCCCGCCAGUUUUGCCAGAGGGGAUGCAGCGGUAAAGCCAUUGACCGUUCAGCAAAAAGAAGAAAAAGAAGAAAAAAGAGAGAGAUACCUACAAAAGGGGCAGGCGGGUGGGGCAAAAAGACCCCAACCAAAACGUUGCAUUUCUGCUUUUCUCCUCGUACGGAUUCUCGAUUCCGUCAGUCCUCCCCCCCCCCCCCCCCCCCCCC